AUCUCUUCUUUCAUUAACUUCACUAGUACUAGAUUCAUCCAAUUUCUGGGAGGAGGGUUUCUAUAAAAUUUAAAGAAUUCUAAAUCUAAAGAAAUUAUAAAUAAAGCGAUACAACAACGUUAUGAUUGCUCAAUACAAGGUGAAAAUUAAUCAAAAAAGUCCUCCUAAUUGAACAUACAAGAAGUUUUUAAAUCACAAACAUUCACUUAAAUUUACCCUUAAAUUUCUGAGUUUUAGCUGCUAAUGGCACGGCCAACUGAGAGGCCGGUAAUUCUAAAAAUACUGCAAGUGCUUUGCCCUCUAGCUCAGUGGCAAACCCAGUUUACACACGUCGCGAUGAUAAACGGUUACAAAAGCACCUAAGCCAUGUCGUUUCAGUUCUUCCCGGGCUUGUGUUGAGCAAAAGGUAUAAUUGCACGUAAAAAAGUGACAUUAAACCUAAUAUCUGGUGUGUAAAUGAUUUGUGUUCGAUGUAGCAGCGUUUGCAUCCAUAGUUCUGGAUUUGCUUGCAGCACAUAUUCCAUCGAUUCGAAGGGGAAUCUUUAGUAUACUAUCCCAGGCUUUCGGUAAUAAAAUGGGUAUCGUUGGAAAGAGGAGGUUCUCCAGAUUAAGAAUAUAUAUACAUAUAGCUGCAGCUGACUUAUAGUUUUCGAGAUAUUCGCACUUAAAGUUGAAAAAAGUGCUACUUUUAUCUUGAAUUUUCACAAUAUAUACUGAAUAUUUUAUUAAUAUUAUUAUUUAUUAUUUUACACUUACACUUCACCACAUUGUUUCUGCAUAUUUAUUUGAUAAAAUUUAUCACGAAAAUAGCUGUAAAUAAGUAUUUAACAUUUUACACAAAUCUCUUAAUUUCAACAAUAACAAAAAGGGUUGCAGCUUGACAAGUAAUAAGUGUUGCCAUAUCAGAUAUUUUGCAAACGAAUGAGAAGAACCAAAAUAAAUAAAUACCCAAAAUGCAGAAACAAAUGCCCUAUAAAAGAUUAUAUAAAGGUAAUAUAAGAAAGUUUAUGAUAUUCACUCUAUGCACUAUAAGUAAGGGAAAUGAAAAGUUCUUUCGUGUAGAAAUACUUUCCACAUUGGCGGCCUUCGGCCGCGCUUCAAAAAAAUAACCCUGGUCGAGCCAACACCGGGAGUUAUCAAAGAGGGGGAAUUGAAAUACUCUUUCGUGUAGAAAUACUUUCCACAUUGGCGGCCUUCGGCCGCGCAUCAAAAAAAUAACCCUGGUCGAGCCAACACCGGGAGUUAUCAAAGAGGGGGAAUUGAAAUACUCUUUCGUGUAGAACUAUUUCCCGCAUUGGCGGCCUUCGGCCGCGCUUAAAAAAAAUAACCCUGGUCGAGCAAACACCGGGAGUUAUCAAAGUGGGGGAAUUGAAAUAUUCUUUCGUGUAGAAAUACUUUCCGCAUUGGCGGCCUUCGGCCGCCCUUCAAAAAAAUAACCCUGGUCGGGCAAUCACCGGGUGUUAUCAAAGAAAAGGUAAUACCGAAAGACUUUGCAUUAGUCAUAACACCAUUAUGGUUUGGUUUGGGGUAUAAUCCUUCUUUUUUCUGUUUAUUUUUAUUCUUUUGAUUUUUGCGAAAUAUUUGAUGUGGCAACACUGAUUACUUGUCAACCUGCAACCCUUUUUGCUAUUUUUUAAACGAAGAUUUGUGUAAAAUGUUAAAUAUUUAUUUACAGCCAUUUUCGUCAUAAUUUUUAUAAAAUAAAUAUGCAGAAACAAUGUGGUGAAGUGUAAGUGUAAAAUAAGUGCAGAAUAUUAAUAAAAUAUUCAGUAUAUAUUGUGAAAAUUCAAAAUAAAAGUAGCAUUUUUUUCAACUUUAAGUGCGAAUAUCUCGAUAACUAUAAGUCAGCUGCAGCUAUAUGUAUAUAUAUUCUUAAUCUGGAGAACCUCCUCUUUCCAACGAUACCCAUUUUAUUACCGAAAGCCUGGGAUAGUAUACUAAAGCCGACCCGAAAUAUCUGUAUGGAUAAUUUUAGAAUUCAAGGCAAGAUAAUCUAUAUAUAUAAAAAGAAGUUACAUUUCCUUGGUAAUCUUAUAACUCAAGAACCGCCGAAUCGAUUGACACAAAAAUUUUAGAGUUCGUUCCUACCUAUAAGGAGGUGGUUUGUGUGAAGUUUGUUUGGAAUCGGUGCAGCCGUUCCUGAGUUUGACAUUUUUUGUGAGUAAAUACACUACCAAAAUCAAGUAUUUUCAAUACGAUUUAUCAAUUUUACAUCGUGCUCUCAUUGCGAACAGAAUAUUAAUUUGCUGUCAUUGGAAUUCAGUUGACAGUUUUCUUAUGUGCUUUGAGUUCUUUUAUAUCUUGCUCUCAUUUUGAACAAACAUACUUUUGGUUAGUGUUAACCAUGUGUUUCUUUUUUAAUUGUAUUUUAAUUGCUUCAUUUUUAUAUAUAUAGUUCAAUUGCCAAGCGUUACUUAAUUUUCACAAUUUUAAUUUGAUCUCAUUUUCCGUCAUACACUGUACUGAAAGAAUGCCACGUUCAAGACGACCAAACAUUGGCAGACGUUCACGUCAAUCAAAUGCUACAGCGUUAAAUCGAAGAUCACAAAGUGAAGAAGAUCGUGUUCGACGAAAUGAAAUGGAAACACAACGACACAGACGGAGAACUCACUUGGAUAAUAGUCAAGCACCAAGAAACCGUCGUGGGCGUACGUCCGUUUAUGAUAUACGUCAAAUGGAACACGCGGCUUUCAAUUACGAUGCCACCAUUGAUUACAGCAUGUAUGCCUACAUUGGCCAGAUGAAUAUAGAAUGUAUACAUUGCAAAGCAUUUAAAUUCAUAAACGAAACGCCUGGCAUGUGAUGUGCUGGUGGGAAAGUCAAAUUACCGGUGCUAGAACUUCCGCCAGAACCUUUGCAUUCAUUCAAAAAUACAAUUCAUGCUUUCAAAUUACAUCUUUUGGAGCUACAAAUAUUAUAAAAGAUGGAUUUAUGCCGACGUUUAAGGUGAUUUCUUCGUGUGGAAUUAGCAAUAUCAUUUUUAAUUUAUGUGCCGUCCCCGUGUUCGAUGUUUUUAGAAAUUAAGAUCCGUUAUCAUCUAUAUAUAUUUCUCGACCGUUACAGAUUCAAGGUCAAAUAUACCAUAGAGCUGGGUCUUUGCUACCAUAACCAGAUGGUGAUCAUACAUUUUUGCAAAUAUAUUUCAUUGAUGGUGAGAAUCGUGAAUUAAAUAAGCGCUGUGCAAUUUCGACGAAUACGAGAAGAUCAAUCUUGAAUUAAUUGCAAACAUUUUUUCAUCAACAAUUUUGGUGAAAUUGUUUAAAGUGGCACUCGAACGGAUGCCCUCCGAUGGCCACAAAAUCAUAAUAAAAGCCAAUAAAACACCAAUUGGGGAGCACACCAGACGAUUCAAUGCACCAACGAUUGAUGAAGUAGCCAUUGUUGUGGUUGGCGAACAGUUUCAGUCACGAGACAUUGUUUUGUAUCGUAGAAAUGAGAAUUUACAACGUAUUUCAGAACUCCAUCGCUGUUAUGUUGCAUUGCAAUACCCCAUUUUGUUUUGGAGAGGGGACGAUGGCUAUCACAUCAACAUACCAAUGAUAAAUCCAACAACUGGUACAUAUACAUUUUAUUUUGUUUAACACGUUCGCGUUCAUUUGAAUUUAGCGGGUGGCUGCCAGAGGAUCACUUAAUUUUUCCAUACAAAAUUGAAGAGCGGGAAUUCCCGCUUUUUUUCUACAGGUUAAUUUUUUUAAAUAGUCUGAACAAAUUAGGGAAUUCCCGACAUUACCACAUGAAUUUCCUAUUCACUUUUGUCGGGAUUUCCCGCAUUUCGUCUUAUUGAAACUUCCCCUCAACAAACCACAAAUGACUGGCACGUUAACUUUGAAUGGGGAUUCCCCAAAUUAAAUUUGUUUGAAUUGCGGUUGUCCUGUCAGGGAUGGUAGUUCACGCCUUUACCAACACUAAAAAUGUGCAGUGAUAAGAAGUGAACCAUUUUUGACGGUAGAAAAACCCUAUUCAAAUAGCGCGGGAAUUCCCGCAAUUGUUUUAUUGAAGGAAACAUGAAUGACGGGAAUUCCCGCAAUUUCCGCGAAUGUGCUAAAUAUGAUUUAUAAAUCAUUUUCAUUCGCUAAUUAAUUUUUGCAAUACAGGUCAAGAGUCAACAAAAAAAGACAGUGCGAUGAAUUUUUAUUCGUACCGAUUGAUGAUUCGCCCUCAAGAAACAAAUUUUAUUUUGCGAUGCAAUCGACUUUCGCAUCAAUAUAUCGUCGAUAUGUACGCCAAAAUUGAAAGUGAGCGAUUAAAUUUCAUCCGUUACAUUCAAGCCCGAUUAAGAUCAGAGGAAUACAUACAUUUGCGUGACGCAAUAAUCAAUGAUGUAAAUGUGAAUGAUAUCGGCUGUUUAACAAUUUUACCAUCAUCAUAGUGUCUGAUUGUUUACUUGAUGGCCAAAAGAUCGGCAUGACAUAACUGCCCGUGUAUUCCAACAAAAAUUGAAAAAGUUAAUGGAUCUGAUUGUCAAACGUGUAUUUGGAGAAGUGCGGUGCUUUAUGUAUACCAUAGAGUGGCAAAAAAGAGGCUUACCUCACGCACAUAUUUUGAUUUGGUGCGUAAACAAAAUAACCCCUGAUAUGAUUGAUACCGUCAUAUCGGCCGAAAUUCCAGAUCAAACCAUCGACCCAGGAUUAUUCGAAGUUGUCACGAAAAAUAUGAUUCACGGUCCCUGUGGUGAUAUUAAUCGAAAUUCACUUUGUAUGAUUGAUGGUAAAUGUUCGAAACGUUUUCCAAAGCAAUUGAUUGCUGAAACAAUUACGGUACAACGGUAAAUAACUGUAAUUAAAAUUAAAAAUCAAGAUGUUGAAAUCGAUAACCGGUGGAUAGUUCCGUACUCACCGAUACUGUCAAAAAUGUUCAACGCUCACAUCAAUGUAGAAUAUUGCAAUUCUGUAAAAUCAAUUUAAUAUAUUUGCAAGUAUGUGAAUAAGGGCAGCGAUAUGGCUGUUUUUGGAGUGGCUCCUGAGAAUAAUCAUGACGAAAUUUUGCAGUACCAAAUGGGGCGCUCUAUUAGUACGAAUGAAGCUGUAUGGCGUAUUUUAUCGUUUCCAAUUCAUGACAGACAGGUUGUUGUACAUUUGGCAGUUCAUCUUGAAAACGGCCAACGUGUUUACUACACUGCUGCAAAUGCCGAACAAAGAGCCACCAGUAACUACACUGACAGCUUAUUUCCAGUUAUGUGAAACUGAUGAAUUUUCUAGGACUUUGCUAUAUUCGGAAGUGCCUCACUAUUUCACAUGGAAUGCAUCAACAAAAAAAUUUCAACGUCGCAAACAAGGCACACCUGUUGAUGGUUAUCCAGGUAUUUUUCGAACAUAUGCUUUGGGACGCAUUUAUACAGUUAGUCCAGCUAAAGUUGAAUGUUUUUACUUGCGACUUUUAUUGGUGAACGUACAUGGACCUCAAUCAUUCCAACAUUUACGAACUGUUAAUGGUCAAUUGUGCGCAACAUACCGUGAAGCAUGUCAACACUUGCAUUUGCUGGAAGAUGAUACGCAUUGGGAGGCUACGCUUCGUGAUGCAUCAAUUGUUUCUCCACCAGUUCAAAUUCGUAUGUUAUUUGCGAUCAUAAUAUCAACAUGUUUUCCAUCAAAUCCACUGGAAUUGUGGAAUAAAUACAAAGAUUUCAUGGCUGAAGACAUUUUGAUUCGACUUCGACAUCGUUCCAAUGAUCCUGCAUUGCUGCUGACAUUGGAAAUGUAUAAUGAAGCCUUGAUAAUGAUCGAAGAUUUGUGCCUUACGAUUGCAAAUAAGGCAUUAGGGCAAUUAGGAUUGACUCCACCAAAUCGUCCAAUGCAUGAUUUAUUUGGACGAGAAUUGCAACGCGAACUGCAAUUCAAUCGUAAUGAAUUGCGUGCGUUCGUACAAACGAACAAUUAAAUGAUCAACAAAAAUAUGUAUAUGACACAGUGAUGCAAGCUGUCAAUGACAACACUGGUGGAUUGUAUUUUUUGGAUGCACCUGGCGGCACUGGAAAAACAUUUUUGAUUUCAUUAAUACUGGCAACGAUUCGGUCGGAACAAAAAAUCGCAUUGGCACUUGCUUCUUCCGGAAUUGCAGCUACAUUACUUGAUGGCGCCCGCACAGCACAUUCCGCCUUGAAAUUGCCAUUGAACAUGCAAGCAAUUGAAACACCAACAUGCAAUAUUUCAAGGAGUUCUGGAAUGGCUAAAGUCUUGCAACAAACAUCCAUUAUUUUAUGGGACGAAUGUCCAAUGGCCCAUAAAAAAUCUUUGGAAGCCUUAAAUCGAACAUUACAAGAUUUGAGACGGAGUUUACAGCUGUUUGGCGGUGCAUUAAUAUUGUUAUCUGGUGAUUUUCGUCAAACGUUGCCUGUUAUUCCGAGAUCAACACCAGCUGAUGAAAUUAAUGCAUGUUUGAAAAGUUCAUUUUUGUGGGCACACGUACAAAUGCUUUCGUUGACGACCAAUAUGCGUGUGCGUCUUCAAAAUGAUUCUUCAGCACGUAAGCUUUCAAAAUGGGUUUAUCACGUUAUCGAAUAAUUUUUCAAUAAUUGUAUCAUCAAAAGAAGAACUCACUGAUCGCGUUUUUCCAAAUAUUGCUCAAAAUUAUAAUAACCAUGAUUGGUUACGAGAACGUGCAAUUUUAGCACCAAAAAAUGUCAAUGUCAAUGAAAUCAAUUUCCACAUUCAUAAAAAAUUGCCAGGUAAUUCGGAAACGUAUAAAUCCAUUGAUACUGCUAUGAAUGAUGAAGACGCAGUCAAUUAUCCGGUUGAAUUUUUAUAUUCUUUGGAACCACCAGGCAUGCCACCGCAUAAUUUGAAUUUGAAAGUUGGUUCAUCGAUUAUACUUCUUCGAAAUCUUAAUGCAUCGAAACUUUGUAAUGGGACGAGACUUUCAGUGAAGAAAUUGAUGCCAAAUUUAAUUCAAGCAACAAUUCUCACUGGCAAAGCAAAAGGUGGAAUUGUACUAAUAUCGCGCAUCCCAUUAAUACCAACGGACAUGUCAUUCGAAUUUAAACGUCUUCAAUUUCCUGUUCGGCUAUCUUUUGCUAUGACCGUCAACAAAGCCCAAGGGCAAACGCUCCAGGUGUGUGGAGUUAAUUUAGAGGAAGCUUGCUUUUCUCACGGUCAACGGUACGUUGCAUGUUCGAGAGUUGGAGCCACGAAAAAUUUGUUUAUUUAUGCACCACAAAAUAAAACAAAAAAUGUUGUGUAUACAAUUGUAUUAAAUUAAACAUUGCUUUUCUUUUUCAUUAUUGUGUUAAGAAAUCAAAUCUUUAAGCAAUAAAUUUUUUGCGUAGAGAAGCGCGCCGGGUAUCGCUAGUAUUAUUAUAUUCAACAAUUAUUUACGUAUUCAAUGGUUUCGCCCUUGAUGUUGGCCAUUGUUGGCGUAGCUUCUAUUGCGUGCUUCAAAUUGACAAUGCAAUGAAGUAUUACUGUAUCACCCUCUUCAAUUCCAUAUUUUGGCUUUAGCAAACUUUUAUUUUACGUUUCACUUAUUUAAAAAUGCGUGCUUCAAUAAUUUAAACUUUAAUUAGGCUACAGAUCACUGAUUUAAAUAAAACACGCAAAAUAAUAAAGGGUGAUUUUUUAAGAGCUUGAUAACUUUUUAAAAAAAAAAAAACGCAUAAAAUUUCAUCGGUUCUUUAUUUGAAACGUUAGAUUGGUUCAUGACAUUUACUUUUUGAAGAUAAUUUCAUUUAAAUGUUGACCGCGGCUGCGUCUUAGGUGGUCCAUUCGGAAAGUCCAAUUUUGGGCAACUUUUUCGAGCAUUUCGGCCGGAAUAGCCCGAAUUUCUUCGGAAAUGUUGUCUUCCAAAGCUGGAAUAGUUGCUGGCUUAUUUCUGUAGACUUUAGACUUGACGUAGCCCCACAAAAAAUAGUCUAAAGGCGUUAAAUCGCAUGAUCUUGGUGGCCAACUUACGGGUCCAUUUCUUGAGAUGAAUUGUUCUCCGAAGUUUUCCCUCAAAAUGGCCAUAGAAUCGCGAGCUGUGUGGCAUGUAGCGCCAUCUUGUUGAAACCACAUGUCAACCAAGUUCAGUUCUUCCAUUUUUGGCAACAAAAAGUUUGUUAGCAUCGAACGAUAGCGAUAGCCAUUCACCGUAACGUUGCGUCCAACAGCAUCUUUGAAAAAAUACGGUCCAAUGAUUCCACCAGCGUACAAACCACACCAAACAGUGCAUUUUUCGGGAUGCAUGGGCAGUUCUUGAACGGCUUCUGGUUGCUCUUCACCCCAAAUGCGGCAAUUUUGCUUAUUUACGUAGCCAUUCAACCAGAAAUGAGCCUCAUCGCUGAACAAAAUUUGUCGAUAAACACAUUUCGAACCGAACACUGAUUUUGGUAAUAAAAUUCAAUGAUUUGCAAGCGUUGCUCGUUAGUAAGUCUAUUCAUGAUGAAAUGUCAAAGCAUACUGAGCAUCUUUCUCUUUGACACCAUGUCUGAAAUCCCACGUGAUCUGUCAAAUACUAAUGCAUGAAAAUCCUAACCUCAAAAAAAUCA